AUGGCACCCAUUGCUAUCACUCCUCCGCCGGUCGAGCCCAAGCAGGCCCGACCUGGUGUGUAUCGCGCCAACACUGCCAACAUGGGCACGAAGCGAAAGAUUAUCUGUUUCUCAGACUUUGACGGCACCAUCUUCAUGCAAGACACUGGCCACACCCUCUUUGACAACUUCGGUUGCGGUCCGGAAAAAAGGAAAAUUCUGGCGCAGCAACUCGAGUCUGGAGAACGGUCAUUUCGUGAAGUCUCUGAUGAGCUCUACGCCUCGCUCGAUGUGCCAUUCGAGGACGGCUUCGAGGUUAUGAAAACUGCUUUGGACAUCGACCCUGACUUUCAGACCUUCCACGAAUUCUGCGUCAACAACAACAUUCCUUUUAAUGUCAUCUCGGCGGGGCUCAAGCCCGUGUUGCGGAAGGUUCUCGAUCACUUCAUUGGAGAAGAAAUGAGCAAACACAUUGACAUCGUGGCCAAUGAUGCCAAAAUUGCCGGCGACGGCAGCAGAUGGGAAGCUAUCUGGAGACAUGACACCGAUCUUGGUCACGACAAAGCGCGAUCAAUCAAUGAGUACAGAGCGGCUGCGCAGCUGGAGAGCGACAACGGCACGAUACCGAUGAUCGUUUUCAUUGGUGACGGUGUCUCAGACCUUCCCGCAGCACGUGAAGCUGACGUGCUUUUCGCUCGUCGAGGACUGAAGUUGGAGGAGUACUGCAUUGAGCAUGGGCUCUCAUACAUCCCCUUCGACACAUUUGCCGACAUUCAAAGAGAAGUCAUCAAGAUCGCCAAACUCGAUGACGAUAAGACACACGGCAAAGGCUUGCCAUCCAACUUCAACCCUCGCGCAAACAUGUGGAGAAGAGUCAGCAGCCGGGCUGCUGUGCCUGUAUUCGCGGCUCUGAGCCCGCGCAAGGAAGAGAAGGCGUUCUUGUGGCCAGAGACAUUCACCCAACCAGCCACCGUAUUGGACAAAGACCACGCAAUGGCUGCCAUUGCGGCGCCAGUCGCAUAG